AAAAAAAAGGUCCAUUAUUUUAUUUAUCGUAAGAAGAACGGUAUCUCUUCUAUUUUUGUCUGCAAUAAAGUGCAAAAUAAAAAAGCCCUAGCUCUCACACAGCAAUACUAGUACUAGUAGAUACCCGAAGCUUUUGGAAGAUAAACACAGCAAAUCAAUUUCUGCAUUUGAAAUACCCACCAAAGGUUAAGUAGUGAUGGAGUCUCAAGAGAAUAAUAAUGAUUCAAAGGGGGGAUUCCGUAAGCUGUCGAAUGAUGCAGUUAACAGGAAAUACAGGCGUCGCUCUCCCCUUGAUGGAUCCUCCUCCCCUGACGGGAGCCCUGGCCGCAAGAGGAGCUCUAGUCCUAUCCCAUCGAGGAAGGAUGAUUGGCGACACAAGGAUGAUUAUUUAGAUCGAAACCGACAAGGUCGAGGUGGUGAAUCUCACAGGCAGUCUUCUAGGAGUUCUCGCAAUCACCAUAGGCACGACAGGCAUACUGAUGAUGAUGAUAGAGGAUAUUCAAAACUAUCCUCUCAUUCUCAUCGUGAUUCAAAAGUGGACAAUUAUUCCAAGAACUCCAGGCGAGAUAAUGAUCAUAGAUCAAGAGACUACCCACGUGACAUUGACAAACACUACCGAGAUAGGUAUGAGGAUUUAGGGCAUAGAAGCAAGAACCGGGAGAGAGAAACUUCAUCAUUCAAAGAUAAAGAUUCAUCAUUUGAUAGAGUAGGAUCAGGUAGGUGUUAUAAUAAAUCUAGCAUUGACGAUAAUAGAUCCAGGGAGAGUGAUAGGUAUAAGGAGUAUAGAGACAGCCGAGAUCACAAGAGUGAUCGUUUGCCUGCUUAUGAGGAGUCUAGAAGCAAACGAAAUGAGUCAAAUUCAAGAAAAGACCGUUCUGUGCAACGGCUGAAGGAAGCAGAGUUGGAUGACGAGAAAUACACCAAAGAGGAAAGGAAGAACUAUCAGGACCGAGAGAAGAUAUUUGAAGACAGAAAUGUUGGUUCUGGUAAAGGGCGAGAGUCUCCAGCUAAGAAGUCAAAAUUCUCAGGCAUGGAUCAGAGUUCUGAGCAGGGAAAAGAUGGCUUGAAUCCAGCAAGUGCAGCUGAUGGAAACCUUUCUUCGAACUCAAAACAAGGUCAAGAUCCAAACAGUGAAUUGGCUUUGGAGCAUGGGGUAAAAGACUCUGAUAUAGAUGCUGCAAAAAUUGCUGCAAUGAAGGCUGCUGAAUUAGUUAAUAGAAACCUUAUUGGAACGGGUAUCAUGACUACUGACCAAAAGAAGAAGCUGCUGUGGGGAAACAAGAAAACGACCACUAAUACUGAAGAGUCCACUCAUCGUUGGGAUACAUCACUAUUUGGUGACAGCGAGCGUCAAGAAAAAUUCAACAAACUCAUGAGUCUGAGGUUGCCUUGGUGCCUAUGGCCAAUUGUAGGGUGUGAAAGGCGAGGUGAAGACAGAGAACAAACCAGUCAUUCACGAUGCAGAGAGGCAAAAGGAGCUCCAGAUGGACUUGGAGAAGCAAUAUACUGCUGGACUUCGCCGAAGAGAUGGUCGUACAGUUGGACUAGGUCUCUAAGAUUUUCCCUUAAUCAUCUUUGUAUUUUUACUACUCUUGUGGUGGUUGUGUUGUGCUGUUUUGCAGUUCUGGAGCUGCAUGUAUUAUGUCUUACUAAACUAUGUAUCCUGAAAUUUCCGUUAUCUUGUGAUCAUGGAUUGUAUUGGUCUACAACUGUAGUUGAUGUUAUGAUGGAGAUUUCUUUUGAUAUUAGCUGGUUUUCCCAGUUGAACACACUUGUGGUGUGUUGCUUCUGUUGGGGUCUCUGGUACAUGCAUAGCUUGCGCAAUAGCUACAAUUCCAUGUAUCAAAGGGAUCCUCGAAAAAGCUUUUCCCUACUUUGUGUUUAGUUGACUAAUGGAAAAGAUAACGAAAUUAUUGAAUUUAGUGUUUGUCUUUUAUUGAAUUUUUAAUAAGAGACAAACGCU